AUGUUCGGGCAACCCCAGGGUGGCUUUGGCGGCUUUGGGGCCAACACGGGUGGUGGCCUGUUUGGCGCAAACACUGGUGGUGGCAUGUUCGGCCAAAAUACUGGCGGUGGCCUUUUCGGGCAGAACAGUGGAGGAGGAAUGUUCGGACAGCCGAACACUGGUGGCGGCUUGUUUGGUGGCGCUGCCCCAGGAGGAGCGAGCCCCUUUGGCGGCCAGAAUUCUGGCGGAGGGUUAUUUGGUCAGCCAAACUCUGGAGGGCUAUUUGGCAACUCCGGCGGUGGCUUUGGCUUUGGCCAGUCGCAGGGAGGUGGUCUCUUCGGGCAGCAAAGCAGUGGGGGCGGCCUUUUUGGCCAGCCCUCCUCUGGAGGUGGCCUCUUUGGCGGCGGCGGCGGCUUUGGGCAGUCUUCCGGUGGAGGCAUGUUUGGCCAGCCAGGUCAGCCGCAAGCAGGAGGGAUGUUCGGACAGAGUUCUGGUGGCGGCAUGUUUGGACAACCGAACACUGGCGGCGGGCUAUUUGGACAGCCCGCCCAAGGUGGCUUGUUUGGAGGAGGAGGAGGGUUUGGAGGUGCAGUUUCUGGCACGACCACCAAGAUGCAAGAGAUCGUCGACCAGGAAACGAAGCUCAAGUAUGCCCAUCUCGGUGUCAUGGACUGCUAUAAAAACAAAUCCUUCGAGGAGCUGCGCAUGGAGGACUACCAAGCUAAUCGCCUUCAAGCUGGCCAAGGCGCCCCUGCCCCUGGUGGCCUGGGUGGUGGGACUACAAGCCCCUUCGGUGCUUCGUCUGGCGGCGGUAUGUUCGGGCAGAACACCGGAGGCGGGCUCUUCGGGCAGAAUACGGGCGGCGGCGGACUAUUUGGCCAGAAUACAGGUGGUGGUUUGUUUGGGCAGAACAGCGGUGGAGGCUUGUUUGGCGCCAACACCGGGGGAGGCAUGUUUGGAGGCAACACUGGCGGCAUGUUCGGACAAAACACCGGUGGAGGACUCUUUGGUCAGAACACCGGUGGUGGCUUGUUCGGGCAGUCAAGCGGAGGAGGAGGAUUGUUUGGUGCCAACACUGGGGGUGGCCUCUUCGGUCAAAACACCGGCGGUGGUUUGUUCGGCCAGAACACAGGUGGCGGUAUGUUCGGACAAAACACAGGUGGUGGCCUCUUUGGCCAGAACACUGGCGGCGGCUUGUUCGGGCAGAACACAGGCGGUGGGAUGUUUGGACAGAGCGCCGGUGGAGGUUUGUUCGGCGGUGGCAACACAGGUGGCGGGCUGUUCGGUGCAAAUUCUGGUGGUGGCUUGUUCGGCAAACCCAGCAGCGGCGGUGGACUCUUCGGGGCGAAUACUGGUGGAGGGCUGUUUGGUGGCAACAGCGGCGGAGGCGGCCUCUUCGGAGGCGGCAACACUGGAGGAGGCUUAUUUGGGAACCCAGGCGGAGGAGGACUUUUCGGCGGCAACACUGGCGGGGGCAUGUUCGGCCAAAACACAGGCGGAGGCUUGUUUGGCCAGAACACUGGAGGUGGCCUUUUCGGGCAGAACACCGGAGGCGGCCUCUUUGGUAACACCGGAGGUGGCCUUUUCGGCCAGAGCAGUGGUGGUGGCAUGUUCGGAGCCAACACAGGAGGUGGUCUUUUCGGCAACACUGGCGGAGGCCUGUUUGGAAACACGGGCGGUGGGUUGUUUGGAAAUACAGGCGGUGGUGGACUCUUCGGCAAUAGUGGGGGUGGGGGGCUGUUCGGUGCCAAGAGCAGCGGCGGUGGGCUCUUCGGUGCAAGCUCACAAGGCGGCCUUUUCGGUGCCAACACUGGUGGUGGCCUUUUCGGAAACACCGGCGGUGGAUUGUUUGGGGGGUCAGGUGGAGGACUCUUUGGAGCGAACUCGGGUGGUGGGCUCUUUGGUGCAAAUUCCGGCGGUGGCCUCUUUGGGCAAAACACGGGCGGCGGCCUCUUCGGAGCCCCGGCAGGCGGCAGCCUCUUCGGCACGCCUGGAGCUCAGCAAAUGGGCGCCAUGGGCGCCAUGUCUCCGAUGGACCCUUACGGGCUGAACGGCCUGGUGACCAACCAGGCUCCACCACGGCCAUUGGGCUUGACGAUGCCCAAGACUCCCUCCAAAGCCACUUCAGCUUACCUUUGGAAAUCCCAGCCAGAAUCGGCGGCUAGAGUGAAGCCCUCCACUCCUUCUCGCUCAGCUUCAGAGGGAUCUUUCGCCGAGCGGUCCCCGAGAAGCGGAGCCUUCAGCUUGCCACCCUCGGCAGUGAAUGAGUUCCGCUCAUAUGGCUCAACACCGCGCAGCCGGCCGCAGACGCCGACAAGCGGCCCCGAAGUAUCUCCCUCCGCGUUUCUGCGUGUUUCGAUGAAGUCGCCCCGAUCGCCUGCUCCGCCAUCCCCACGCCGGACUCCCGAUGACAUGAUGCCGCCCCUAAGGAAACCGCGUGAAACGCAACCGCUGGCCCCGACGCCUGCUCAGAUGGAUGGUACGACAGGGGGCACUGGAACACCGACAGCGCCGGCCGAGGUGAGCACACCUACCUUGAAGCCCAUCAAGCCCAACAUCGUUCGACAUGGUCCAGACAGGCUGGAGCAGGAGACGCCGAAGAACGUGACACCUGCAGCUGCCUCGCUUGUGCCACGCUUGACACGCUCGGACUACUACAGCAGUCCCUCGGUGGAAGCGAUGUCUCGAAUGACGGAGGCCCAGCUGAGCAGGAUCGACAACCUGGAGAUCGGCCGCUACGGGUACGGAUCUGUUAAGUGGCCAGGCUUGACGGACGUUCGCUGCCACGACUUUGACCGGGAUCUCCGGAUAGAACGCGGAAGCUUGACCCUGUAUCCAGAGAGGGAGAAGCCGGAGGUGGGCCAAGGCCUGAACAAGGAGGCCGUGGUCACUCUGCACGUGAAGCCGACGAGGAGCGAUGUGAAGCCCAAGAGCUUGGAGCUGCUUCAGUCGCGGCUCUCGAAGCUCUCUGAGGAGUUCGGGGGCAAGUUCAUUUCCUAUGACAUGGAGAAAUGGAUCUUCCGCGUUCCCCACUUUAAUCGCUGA